AUGUUCUUCACUGUAUCUAUAACACCAAUCAUCUGGUUCAAUCUUCUGCUUUGCAUCGCUUCUGAUAAAAAUGAAACUUUCCAUCUACCUAAUUUCGGUGCUGCUGAUAAAAUUGUUACAAAUAAUACUUAUUCUGGUAUCUCAGACAGCUUUGAUUACAACAAUUUUGAGCCAUUGUUUGGCUCAGAAUUUCCAUCCGAUCCUUCGCAGUUGAUUGAUUUCGAUCAGUUGAGUGAAAUUGAAGAUAUAAGCAGCAAAGAAUCGAUACCCGAGAUCACAAAUGCUCCUCAUCCUGGCUUUUCAAACAGCCAUGGUUUGUUGGGCCACACUAAUUUGGACUCAUUACUUGGCUCAUAUACAGAUUCAAAUAGGAAUGUGUGGAGAGAUGCUAAUGGAGAAUUAAAAACAAAUGAUGAUGAAGCACGAUAUCCUAUCAUUAGAGAUAUUCAAAGUGGAACUUCUUCGCCACUUAAUGUCGACACCGAUGACAUUAUUACAUAUAUGCACUUACCUGGUUCACAACAAAAUGCGGUUCCGAUCUAUUUUCACCAACUUACUCUUUCCCCAGAUGACACAUCCGAUCAACACGGAAAUGCUGAGCAGAACAACAUGGGCAAUAAGCACUUCUCGGAUAACUUGAGUAUCCAUGACUGCAGGGGAAAUACCAAUGAAGGAUCAGAAACAGAUAAGAAAAAGUAUAUUUGUCAUUAUCCCGGCUGUACUGUGAUCACAAAAAAUUACAAAGAAUAUAUAACACAUAGGAAGACACAUGGUCAACCCUUCAUCUAUGAAUGCAAAGUGCUCGGUUGUGGGCGAACAUUCCAUCAUGAAUCAUCAUUUCGCAAUCACAAGAAGACACAUAAACCUCAUCCUCAGUGCGAGUGCUGUGGCAAAUUCUUUUGCCGUAUGGAUGUACUGAAGUCUCAUAAGAAAGUGUGCUCCAGAGCUCCUCGCGAACGAAGCUACGAAUGCCUUUAUCCCGGAUGUACUAUGAUCACGAAAAAUUACAACGAAUAUAUAACACAUAGAAAAACGCAUCAGCCGUUCAUCUAUGAAUGCAGAGUGACCAAUUGUGGACGGACAUUCCACCAUGAAUCAUCAUUUCGCAAUCACAAGCAAACGCAUGAACCUCAUUCUCAGUGCGAGGGUUGUGGCAAAUUCUUCAUCAACAGGAAUGGAUUGCAUUGUCAUAAAAAGAGCUGCAAAUCAAAACCCCGUUAG